UGCAAAGCUGAGUCAUUGAUCACUUUUGCUGCUGACAACGGAGUGCGUUUGAUGACCUUCGAUGAUGAGGAUGAGCCGCACAAGAUCAAACGCUGCGCCCCAAACGCACGAGUCAUUCUCCGCAUCUUUACAGAUGACCCAAGUAGCAAGCUGCGUCCGAGCCAAAAGUUUGGCACUCCUCUUCACACCACAUCAGGACUCUUGCAACUAGCCAAGUCCCUAGGUCGAGAUGUUGCGGGCUUUAUCUUCCGGGCUGGCUCAAACUCCAGAGAAUUAUUGGUAUAUCCGCGAAGCGUGGCUGACGCUCGCCUGGUCUAUGAUGAAGCG